AUGAACAAGAGACCUCACCUGAGGCAGAGGGGCUGCAGCAUAACUUCCUAGCGCUCUUGCUCCAGUCCUCGGCGAGGAAACAAUGGCCCCCUCCGUGAUGGCCUCGUCGGCCACCUCCGUCGCACCAUUCCAGGGGCUCAAGUCCACCGCUGGACUCCCCGUCAGCCGCCGGUCCAGCAGCGCCAGCCUCGGCAGCGUCAGCAACGGUGGAAGGAUCAGGUGCAUGCAGGUGUGGCCGAUUGAGGGCAUCAAGAAGUUCGAGACCCUGUCCUACCUGCCGCCACUCACCACGGAGGACCUCCUGAAGCAGAUCGAGUACCUCAUCCGGUCUAAGUGGAUUCCUUGCCUCGAGUUCAGCAAGGUUGGGUUCGUGUACCGUGAGAACGCCAGGUCCCCCGGGUACUACGACGGCCGCUACUGGACCAUGUGGAAGCUUCCCAUGUUCGGAUGCACCGACGCCACCCAGGUGCUCAAGGAACUCGAGGAGGCCAAGAAGGCCUAUCCUGAUGCCUUCGUCCGCAUCAUCGGCUUCGACAACGUCAGGCAGGUGCAAUGCAUCAGUUUCAUCGCCUACAAGCCUCCGGGCUGCGAGGAGUCUGGCGGUGCCUAAAAACAGCCAGCCUCAGUCGUGAGGCAGCUAAUGUCCAUUACUCCACGGAGUACAUGUUUGUUUCGGGAGCUUUGAAGCCUUUUAUUUACGUUUUCCGUUCAUUUCUUUAUCCAUCAGAGUGUGUGUAUGUACUACAUAUGUUGUGUUAAGACGACUACAACUACUAUUGUUGGGUGAGGAACAUGCCAAUGUAAGCGCUGGCUAUACCCAUGACAGUUAAGAAUAAUAAUGAUGAUACCAUAAUAUUAGUACA